AUGGGGCUUGAUAGCCAGACCCCCAGCCCUCCCACCGGAGACCUGAAGGUUCAGCAGGUGCACACCUACCUGAGGCUGGAGCCCAAGCUGCUGGGGGCCAUUCAGCUUCUCAUUGGUGUGCUGACCCUGUGCCUGAGCUCCAACCUGCUGCAGAUCCGGGAGCUGCACUUCCGCACUGACAUCGUAAUCCUGCUGCUCAUCUCUCUGGAGAUAAUUGUUUCCGGGUCCAUUUUGAUAGUUACAGGACUGAAACCUACUCUUCUAUGGUUGAAGUCGAUGCUGGGGGUUCACCUGGUGAGCUUGGCCUUCACGACAGCUGCCCUGGGACUCCUCUCCAAAAACCUCCCCUUCCGCCAGCUGUCCUAUCACUGUGAGCACUGCCGACGCUUUGAGAUCUUUUCUGUGGUGAGUUCAGAUGACACUGUGGACCGGGGGACGAGAAUUGCAGUCACUAGAAUAGAGUUUUAUAAUGCUGAGUUUAGAGGAAGCCAGGUGCUUAUAGACGGUAUCCUGGGUACUCUGGUGCUGUUCCUGAUUGUGGAGUUUGUCAUCUGCAUCGUCUGCAUUCUCUUCGGCCUCAGCGUCCUUGGGGAGCUGGAUAUUCAGCUCCCUGGUGUUCCUCAGAUACUGACCACUCCUCCUGCCCAGGCGCAGCCAGUCACAGCGACUCCAACUCAGACGCCCCAGGUUUCCGUGGUUGUGACUGAGCCUACGCCAGAAGCUGUGCCCACCCCUUCACCAGAGCCCGUGCCUGAGCCCGUACGGCCAGUCGUAUUACCACAGCUCAUACAAGAGGUCCCACCACCACAGCCAGCGGAGGUCACAACGCCACAGAUCAUCCCUGUGGAGCCCCAGGAGGUCGUCGCCGUGGAGCCUCAAGUGGUGCCACUGGAGCCACCACGGCCUGCUGCGUCUAUGGUGCCAAGGGUCGUAUCUAUGGAGCCACAGGUCGUAUCUAUGGAGCCACAGGUAGUCCCUCUGGAGCUCAACAUGUCUCUGGAACCGCAGGUGGUACCUUUGGAACCCCAGGCUGCUUCCAUGGAACCCCAGGUCAUGCCCUUGGAGUUUGAGCCACAAGUUGAGCCCUUGUAA